CUCCUCACCUUGUCUACACUUUCUGCUGCACUCUAGUCCUUGUAUUUUCAAUUACUUAGACCGUCGCCAUGGUUGUAUUUUUUUUUUACAACGGUCCACUUCUCCGCUGUAAGCGUCGCGAAAAUGAAAACAAGACCAGUUGACUGAAAUAUCACUCCACCGAGUCAUGACGUUCUCUGUUUCUUUUCCCAACCAUGUACGGCCCAUUCUCUCUGAUUUCUCGCCUCAUCUCUCCAGCAUUCUCUUGCUCUUACUCUGGCAGCAAUGGUUUUCCAAGUUUGAAUAUGCUUUCUGACGACAUAUUGGUCGAUCAUAUCUUCGACUAUCUGAUGGUGGAGGAUAUUCUAUGCUUACGAAUGGUAAACAAACUGUUUUACAACCUCACGCAUCAUGGUAUAAUAUGGAAGCGAUUUCUGAAAAGGAUCGGACCCAAUGGACCUGCGUUACCGCCUUCUCUGCGAUAUUCACCUCAUUUUUUGACCUCGUUUGAAGCUGAACGACUAGUCAUCCGCGCCAUUACAGUUCACAAGAACUGGAUUCUGCCAAAUCCGCUUGCCGUCUCUGUCCUUUCUGUGCAGGCACACAGGCAUAUACUAUCAAUGGUCGUACUUCCAGGAGGAAAAUACCUUGUUGCUUCCGCAUGCAAUCUUGCCAAAACUCACUACAGCUUGGUUGUAUAUGUUCUUGAUCACCGUAUCUCCGGGAUCGUUCCUCUGGCAGAAACACCCGUGAAAGGGAAAGCAUAUCACAUAUGUGCCAAGUACAUGAACGUGGAAGGCACACCGAGCAUACUUAUCGGCUAUAUCCGCCGCAAGACGCUGAAAAGUCAUAAAACUGCUAACAGUAUCGAUCCCUCCACAUAUAAUGCGUACUUUAACAACCCGAGGUGUCAAAUCGAUGCUCCUAUGCCGUUGAAGUAUGUCGCGACGUGUUUGCAAAUUUCUCUGGACGCACUAGAUGCGUUAGGAAACCCUGUUCUCGUGCCUGGUUCUCAGGAGUUCUUCGACUUCGCCGCAACACAACCCCCGCCAUUUCGCCUUCUCGGUCACCUUCGCAGCGAUUCGGAGCUUCGAAACGUGGACCUUGGUGAAGUCGAUGGCGUUCCGAACAUGGUUGUUGCCAAGAUGCCCGAAACAAUUGUGAUGAAAGAACUGACUUCUGGUGGCCACAUAUCUGCUUUUAAAUGCGCGCGUGAAGCCACGCUUUCACAACAGGAGCAACCUAUCUGUAACCUCCGGCUAUUACCUUUGCAGGGGCAGAUUCUCGUCGUUCGUUCUACGAACCGUCCGCAGUUGGCACCAGCCAAUCCCUCCCCCGGCGGUCCACCUAUCAUUCCUGAUGUCAUGUUCACCGUCGCCAUGUUUCCUGCGCCUGAACCUGGGGAUAUAGAAGCUGGAGAGUUCAACCCGCUUUCACUUGCCUCCUUUUACGGGAAAGACAUUGAAGACUUCCAAAUAAGUGACCCACAUGUGCCCAAGGACCAUGGUGGCGACACUAAUUUCUUGCCGCCUCCCAUCAAUAUUUUCUACAGGAAUGAAAGCGGGGGUCGUAUAUGUCACAUGUCUAUCUCGCCAACCCCACGAGAGAACGCUCCCGAGGCGUUUAAAUCUACAGGGAAGCCGCAUUACGCUAUCGCGAAUCUGAAGUCCAACAUGACGCAUCGCCUAACCUUCAAAAACAACGACUCCCGAACAACAUGCAGAACAUUCGUCAUGCCAGGGUCUCUGCGCUCUUUAUUCUACUCCAUUCCUCGCGAAAAUCGCUCGGACACUCUUUCGGUCCGCAAUUUCUCCGGUCAUCUUCUAUCGAGACGAGGUGACGAUGCAUAUAGCAUUAUGCGGCGCGAGACGCUGCAGAAUGUCCUCCGAAACGUUCCCAAGCACCGCGAGAAUAUCUUGGGACAGUUUGACCUGCCUUCCCAUAUUCUGCGUCAUAUUCGCGAUGGUGUGACGGCGAUAGCCUGGGACGAGAGCACUGGACGUAUCUUUUAUUCCAAGCCACACGAUACCAUGUUGUUUGUGCUUGAUAUGGCACAAACCCCAUUGGAAGCGAGGGAUGGGCAGCGUUAUCCCAUCCCUCUGGAGGAUGAACGCAUGCUCGAUCUGUGAAUUAUACUAGAUGAUAGCGUAUGCUCUCUUGGAGACGUUUUGGGCACCCGUAUGAUAAUAAAGGACCCGACGAACUAAUUACUUGACCGAUUGUAUAUUAGGAUACCUUAGUCCGCGAUGACUUCACUGUCGUUUGUCUCUGGUCAU